GCCGCGGCGACCUUCCGGCAGGGCUUCGCCGUCGCGAGGAGGCAUCUCGGGGAGAACCACCCCCUGACGGUCACGCUCGGCAGCAACUGCGACGCCAUGGCCUCCAAGUGGCAGGGGCAGCCCGCGGGCAAGCGGCCGGGCGGCGGCGCCGCCCUGAGGCCCGCGCCCCCCGCGCUCCCGAGCGUGCCGUCGGCGCUGAAGCCGGCCAGCGCGGCGGCGGCGGCGGUGGGGAUUAUCCCGUACCCGCAACCGGCGCUGGGCAGCAGCUCCCCGGCGCUGCCCGCGCUGCCCAGCGCCCGGGGCGCCGUGCCCGCGCAGGAGGCGCUGGACCUGCCGCGGCGGGGCCAGGCGCGCCAGGCGCCGGCGCUGGCACCGAGUUCCGACGCCGAGCUGCCCUCCCACAACCACGAUGACGUCAUCAACGCGGACAACACCGGCCACGCAGUCGGCAGAUCCAGCAAAGCCUCCAGGGACUUCAGACCCCACCGCAUGGUCGCCGGGUCCACCAGGACUGCGAAGCUCGCGCGGCGCACGCUCGGCGGCUCCGUGGAGACCGCCCACCGGGACAAGCUGGUCGCCGCGAAGCAGCAGGACUUCAAAGGACUUGCGGCAGCGAAGACCGCCUACAGGCGGAAAAUGGCCGCGGAGAGGAUCCAGCGCUCGUGGCGCGCGUACCGAGAGUACUGCGAGGAGAACUCCGAGCUGAUGCAGGCCACCUGGAACGCCGCAUCCCAGAUUCAGGCCAAGUGGCGCUCGCACCGCUCGCACCGCGACAAGCGGAGCGCCGCCGCCAUCAGCAUCCAGAGGAUCGUGCGCGGCGCCCAGGCUCGGGAGCGGCUGCGGCGGGACGCGGCCGCCACCAUGGUGCAGAAGCUGGGCCGCGGCUCGAACGCACGGGCGCGCAUGCGGCUCCUGCGGCGCAGCGGGCUGAAGAUCACCGCCCUGGUCCGCGGGUUCCUGGCGCGACGCCGCGUGCGCCGCGUGCGCGGGCGCCUCACGGAGGCGGUCCUCAAGAUCCAGAGGACCUGGCGCGGCCACUCUGGGCGCCGUCAGGUGUGGGGCCUGCGAGCGGUGCACGACGAGCACCAGGCCCUCGAGAAGGCCGCGGUGAGAUUGCAACGGUCCUUCCGCGGCUGGAAGGGCAGGCAGCGCUUCCAGCUGACGCGGCAGCAGUACCUGCAGGAUGUCCAGCAGCACUACUCCGCCGCCAGGAUACAGAGCCAGGUGCGCCGGAAGGCCGCCUCCAGGCGGGUGGAGGGCAUGAAGGCCGACAGGCGGCGCCAGAUGGACGACGCCGCGACCCUGCUGCGGAAGAUGUGGCUCGGCUACCGGUCGCGGAGGAGGUACAGAGACCUGAUGCGCCAGUUUCAGCAGCAGGAGAAGCACGUGGUCACCGUGCAGCGCUACGCUCGCGGCUUCCUGGUCCGCAACAGGAUGUGGCGCGAGGCCGUCUCCGCCGAGGAGGAGCUGUGGGCCACACUGGAGAUCCAGCGCGUGUGGCGGGGCUACCUCGGCCGCGCCCAGCGCGGGCCUCGUGCCGUUCGCGCGCGCGCCCUUCGCUGCCUCCGAGCCAGCCGCCGAGCCGCCACCGUUCCCGCGGAACCCCAGGCGGCGCAGGAUUGCGCGCGCCGAGUUCGAGCGGGCCCGGCUCCGCUUCCGCUCGGCGCAGCGCCUGCAGGCGCUGGCCCGCGGCGUGGUCGUGCGGCGGCGGUUCCGGCUGCGCUUCCAGCGCGCCGUGGUGGCCGCGGUGUGCAUCCAGCGCGUGGCGCGCGGGUACAACCUGCGGAAGGCGCUCUGGCGGCAGGUCAUGGGCGCGCGGGCCACGGUGAUCCAGGCCAGCGUGCGCGGGUGGCUCGUGCGGAAGCGGCGGCGCCUGGUGCUGGCCAAGGUCAUCAUGAUCCAGCGGGCCUACCGCGCGUGGCGCAGGCUCCCCGAAGACCGCCGCGCGGAGGCCGCGCGGUUGCGGGCGGGGCGGCGGGAGAAGGCCGCCGUGAUCCAGCGGCGGUACCGCGACUUCCGGGAGAGCCGAGAGGCCGGCCGCAUCCGCGCGCGGCCCGCCGCCGCGGGCGCGGCGGCAGGAGACUGACGCCGCGAAGGCGCGCGCGCGCGCUGGCCGCCUUGCCCUGCGGCAUCUGGCUGCCCGGGAGGGGCGGGCGGUGCCCGGGCCGCGGGGAUGGUCAUGCGAAGCUCUGUCUCGGGGGGCAG